CACACUGAUGACUCGUGUUUUGUCGUCUCCUCCCUUCCGCUCCAUUGUUCCUGGUUGCUGGUUGUCGGAUGUAACAGACUCCGUAUGUAACACUGGGAUCGCAGAUGUUGAGGAAUAACUCUGACAUAACGUAAAGGUGUGCGCGGGCACCCCCGCCAUCAGUGCAAGAACAGGAUGUGAUGUCACAGCGAUAGCACGGCUCCCGUAUUCUGUCUGGCUUUGUGUUUACGAGCGGGGAGACCCCUCCUCCUGCUCCAAGCAUGUUUGAAGUCAAACCCCGGGCGGUGGAGAAGAAGGAGUCGAGCACCGAGACAGAUGAGGGGCUGGGUAGCAGCGGGAAGCGGUACGGCUCGCAGGGCUCCGGUUCGGCCGACUCCGGCUCCGUCUACCUGUCUGACAGCCAGGACUGGGCGAUCUCCCCGAGCUGCUCUCCAGACGAAUGUCCCCCCAGCCAGCACAGCGCCAUCUCCCCCAUGCUGGCCGAGGAGACCUUCCGCUACAUGAUCCUCAGUGGCGACCGCGUGGAGCAGAUGACCAAGACUUACAAUGACAUCGAAGUGGUCUCACACCUUUUGGCGGAGCGGGACAGGGACUUGGAGCUGGCGGCUCGGAUCGGACAGUCACUCCUACAGAGGAACCACCUGCUGCAGGAACGCAACGAGGCCUUGGAGGAGCAGCUGGCGCAGGCCCUGGACCAGGUUCACCAGGUGGAGCACGAUCUCAGCAAGAAGGACGAGCUGCUGCGGAUGGUGGCCAGCGCCUCGGAGGAGAGCGAGACCGACUCCAGCGUGUCCACGCCGCUGCGGCAGACUCGGCCGCCGGGGGGAACCACCGCCGCCGCAGCGCUCAGCCAGCUGGAGUCUCUGCAGGGCAAGCUGCAGGACCUGGAGGAGGAGAACCUGUCCCUGAGGUCUGAGGCGUGUCAACUGAAGACCGACACCAUCACCUACGAGGAGAAGGAGCAGCAGCUAGUGAUCGACUGUGUCAAAGAGCUCCGUGAGUCCAACAGCCAGAUGGUGUCUCUGACGGACGAACUGUCCCAGAAGAACGAGGAGCUGCUCCGACACCAGGAGGAGAUCGCUCAGCUGCUCUCCCAGAUAGUAGAGCUGCAGCACCGCAUCAAGGAGCUGGCUCUGGAGAAAGAGGAGCUGAGGAUCCACCUGCAGGCGUCUAAAGACGCUCAGAAACAGCUCACAGCUGAGCUGGACGAUAUGGCGGACAGGAAUGCGGAGUGUGUAGAGAUGCUCCAUGAAUCCCAGGAGGAGAUGAGGGACCUUCGUAAUAAGAACACUCCCUCUGCUGGGAUGAGACGGCAAUUUUCCUACGGCCUCUACCCCAUGGACUCCCUGGCAGCGGAGAUCGAGUGCACCAUGAGGAGAGAGCUGAGUGUAGAGGAGGAGACCGCCUCCGUGGACCAAAGAGCAUCCCAGAAGCGAGUCUUCCAAACCGUCCGCUCCAUCAACGCCUCGGCGUCGCGUCCCGCUUCGGCGACCCCUCCUAUCCCCGGCUCAGGACAGAGCUCUCUGGUGAUGACCUCGCAGCCCUUCCAGUCCACUCAGGGGUACGUUACCAACGUUCCCGUCUUGCGUUUGAACUCGAGGAUGACGUUUGUUGCCGUUCAGCUCAAUAAAUGUGUUCGUCUUUGCAGGGAGGAGGUGCGAAUAGGCCAGCCCGGCUGUCCGGGAGGAAACGACCUCACCAGGGCCCUCCACCGGCUGUCGCUGCGACGACAGAACUUCCUGUGCGAGCGUCAGUUCUUCAAGGCGGAGCGCGAGAAGAAGCUGCAGGCCAUGGCGGGGGCGGAGGGGGACGGAGAGAGCAGCGGCUGCGGCUCGCCGAUGGGCAGCGUUAUGUCGUCGUUCUCCAACCUGUCGGAGCUCUCCUUCGGCUCCAGCGUCUUCAGGACCUUCCUGCCUGAGAAGCUUCAGAUCGUCAAGCCCAUGGAAGGCUCGCUGACGCUCCAUCACUGGCAGCAGCUGGCCCAACCACACCUGGCCACCAUCCUGGACCCCCACCCUGGGGUGGUGACCAAAGGGUUCUGCCCACUGGUUCAGGACGCCGUCUACCGCAUGUCCGACAUGGAGGAGGACGAGGAGGAAGAUCACAUAGGCGUCCUGGAGAAGGGGGCGGCGGAGCGCGGUAAGGAAGAGGACGAGGAGGAGGAAGAGGAAGGCGGGAUCACCUUCAAGGUGCGCUUUUCGUCUACGCCGGAGGAGAGGAAAGACAAGAAGCGUUUGUUGUCACCUCUCCCUGGCACGCCUCUCUCUCCCGCCCUGCCGGCAUCACCCGGGACACCCGCCACUUCCUCCUCGGUCAGAGCAGACCUCUGUCUGACCCCCGCAGCACCCCGACAUGUCACUGACAAAUCCAGCCUAUCAUCUCUGCCCAUUCCAGGAGCCUGCACGACAGUGGUCCAAUCACAAAGUCAAUAUUGCAUCUCCACAACAACAACAACAACAACAACAACAACAACAUCUUCUUCUGUCCAAAAUCCAGGGAAGUGUCAGAGCUCCACCUUCUCCACCUACACCUUCACGACCUGCAGCAUCCUGCACCCCAGCGACAUCACACAUGUCACCUCAAGUUGUCAGUCGUCCCUCAUGGCCAACACACCCAGCUCCAUGAGGACAGGUCCUAGCACCCCUUUGACUCCUUGCAGACUGAGUCUGGGUGACUCCUUCCCCCCUCGACGCCCCCCUGUGCCCACCAGAGGGCUGGCCAAGCUGGUUCUUGAGAGGGGCAUUUCCGCACAAGUCUCAACUGACACCCCACCUCCGUCCCCGAAACCCGCACCCCGGCAGCCCCUCUUCUGCCUCCUCCCGAGCACACCCCCUAACUCCCCCUCCCACUCACCCGCUCCCUCCCCGGUGCCCCCGGUGCCCCCGGAGUCCCGCCACUACCCCGCUGACAAUUUCCUCGCCUCGCGGCCGGCGGAGCUCUUUCUCCAGGACGUUUACGGGUUGAAUCUGGGCCGCGCCCCACAUCCUGACCUACCAAGCCCUUCCCAGGGACAUCCAACCCUUGUCCUGUCCCCUAAAUCAGGCCGAGCCAGGCCCGACCUCGGCCUGGUGGAGAGGCUACGGCGGUUGGGAUUCACCAAGGUGCUCCAGGGUGCGGCGUCAGAGGCGUCGGCACCACACCAGGAUUCUGCUACUUUUGUGUCAGCAAGUGGAGGAAGCCUUUUGGACGGCCUUAGGCGCAACCAGAGCCUCCCGGCCAUGAUCGGUGCCCGAGCGGGAAAGUCAGCCGGUAAACCGACACCUCGUCCUCACCCCACCUCACUUGCCCUCCCCCCAACACCCUGGGGAAACCCCAAAGAACGACGCCGGCAUCUUGCCUCUGUCUCCCAUGUCCCGUCAACGUCAACCAAACGCUGAGGGGGAAAAGGUGGAUGGACCUCUCCAGAACAUGAACCCCUCCAUCCUCUUCUUCCUCCCCUCAUCUCUCCUCCUCUCUGCCUUUGGAGAGAGGAGUCAGGGACAGUCCCUCCUUUUUAUGACUUAAUUUUAAAGCACAAUUUGAAUUAAAACUGACUGUUUUUAGCUAUACCGCAGUGUCUAUGUGUGUAGAUGUUUGCCAUGAUGCUAGUUACGGGGCCUUAGCUCGCCUCCGACUGGGCUCUUCAGCUCUGGAUACCUUCUCAGUCAUUAAUUAGGUUCUGUAGUUUUCCCGCGAGGCUCUGGAUGUUCAGGUAGAGGAGGGAAGGAAAGGUAACAUGUAAGUGGUCGAAGGUUUGUGGAUGUGGAUUAGAAAAGAAUGAGUUAAGUUAAAGGUAGAAAAAGGAAAGGGGAAGGUGGUCUUUAUUCAUGUCAGAAGGGAAAGUAAGUGAAAAGUGGCUGAGCAUCCAGUCUUGCUAUUCCAAGGGCUUGUUCUGUAGUGGGUCGGAAUAAAUUAGUCUGUAAUAAAAUAGUAACCAUGCCCAAAUACAGUGAAUGGUUUAAGGUCAACUCCAAAUAAAAAGAGAAGGGACUCAA